AUGAGGUUUCUGGAGUCUUUCCUUCGUAUUAAUUGCUUAAAAAUGGGGCUCAGUAGUUCUCAGUUAGAGAAAGAGAUUGCCGGUGACCAACUUCUCAGUGGAGAGCGAUAUUUUGGGCUGGUGAACUUCGGAAAUACAUGCUACUGCAAUUCAGUAAUACAGGCUUUGUUCUUCUGUAAGCCAUUUCGAGACAAGGUUUUACAAUACAAUGAUCGAGCAAAAAACCCCAAAAAGGAAACACUACUGACAUGUCUUUCGGAUCUUUUCUAUUCAGUCGUAUCUCAGCAAAGAAGGGUGGGCCAGAUGCGUCCAAAGAAAUUCAUACAAAAGUUGAAGCGGGAGAAUGGAUUAUUUGAUAACUAUCUACAACAGGAUGCUCAUGAAUUUCUUAACUAUCUUCUCAACAAAAUAGCUGAUAUAAUAAGAGCCGAACAACAACCAACCGGAGUAGAUGCUGAAGAUCCUAGUGAUUGUGAAAUGACUGAUGUUUCCGAGAGUAAUAGAAAGCAUAGUGGCCGUAACUGGAUUCAUGAGAUCUUUCAGGGAAGUUUAACCAAUGAAACUAGGUGCCUUAACUGUGAUAAUGUUCGCACGAAAGAGGAAAAUUUCCUCGAUCUAUCAGUCGAUGUCGGAGAAAAUGUUGAUAUAUCUUAUUGUCUCCGUUGCUUUUCCGAUACUGAAACAAUGCGUUCAGACAAUAAGUAUUACUGUGAAUUUUGUCGUUGCAAGCAAGAAGCUCAGAGACGGAUGCGCAUUAAAAAGCCACCUUUACUUCUAGCCCUGCAUUUAAAACGAUUCAAGUAUUCGGAAAAUCUCAAUCGAUUUAUCAAGUUGUCCUACAGAGUGGCCUUCCCUAUGGAAUUAAGACUAUUCAAUAUGUCUAAUGACUCAUCUAAUGAUGAUCGUCUAUAUAAUCUUAUGGCUGUUGUUGUCCACUCAGGCUCUGGACCAAAUCGUGGACAUUAUGUAACACUUGUGAAGUCUCAUGGACUGUGGUUUUUGUUUGAUGACGAACUAGUUGAAAAAAUCCAUCGCACCAAUAUUGAAGACUUUUUUGGUUCGUCUACGGAAACCUCGAAAUCUUCUUAUACAGCCUACAUUCUUUUCUAUUUAGACGCUAAAGUUGCUUCAAACAAAAUGGUUACUCCAAAUCCAACAGACUUAUAUCGCUUUUGUGAUCUUGUCAUGGAGUCAGUCGUAGAGAUGAGUCCACCAUCAUAUGAUUUACCUUGGCUCCCUGGGUUCGAAGAAUGUAAAACAGACUAUGAACGCAUCAAGAAGUUUAUGUCAAUGCCAUUUCUUAGACAAUUUAAAAUCUCAAUCUCUGACCAAUCACCAGCUGCGAAAAAUGAUUCCAUCGCUAAACAAAAACGUGAACAUGGAAAUGAAGCAUGGCGUACUAAUAAUCUAUCUUUAGCUCUUCGUUACUACUCUGAAGCGAUUUUCUUUGCCUCCAGUCCUGAAGAGAAAGCUCUAGGCUAUGGUAAUCGGUCAUGUGUAUUAAGUCGUAUCGGUGUUCAUGAAGCAGUAUUACAAGAUAUUGAUCUGGCUAUUAAAUAUAAUUUCCCUAAAGAUCGUCGUCCACGUCUAUUUAUACGUCGUUCACAAAGUCUUAUUUCGUUGAAACGCUUUAAAGAGGCAUUAACUGAAUUCAAUAACUGUCUGGAAUAUAUGAAAUCUGAAAAUUUAACUAUUCCAAACAGUUUAAAUGAAAUGAUACAAAAGGGAAUAAAAGACUGUUCAACUAUGAAAGAAGAUGAAUUAUUGAUUGAUGAUUCAGUUAUACCAUACUUUGUACAUGAGGCGAAAUCGUUAAUAAUGAAGCAUGGAAACACUCAAAAGAUUAUUACAAAGAAUUGUAAUAAUUCUAAUAAUGGCAGUAAUAUUACGGACCAUAAUUUACAUCCAAGCAUUCUUCGCUCUCUUUAUAUACAAGAUCCACCAGCAGUGAGGUUAAAUUAUAAUGAUGAAUUUGGUUGGCAUAUUGUAGCGACAAAUAAUAUUCAGCCAGGUGAACUUCUCAUACUGGAUAAACCAUAUUCUUGUAGACUUCAUUACAGUAGAUUACUACUCAAUUGUUAUCGUUGCUCUAAACGAUGUAUCAAUCCUAUACCUUGCCGUAGUUGUACUCAGGUUGGCUUUUGUAGUGAAUUAUGUGAACAAGAAGCUUGGAAUCCAGUAUGGACUGAUAUUAACACAUCAUUGCCGUUAGAGUUGACAACUGAUUUAUCUCUACCGUGCCAUCGUUUUGAAUGUGGACUUGUUGAUCGACUGAUUAUAGAAGAUUAUGCUGGUUGGAAAAGAUUACGUAGUAAAUCGUUAAAUGACUUAACAGUACCAAUGAAGAAAUUGAAGUCAUUCAUUGAUAAAUUAUCUGAUGAUGAUGUAAUCGGUGGACCGAAUAUUUCGUGGCUUGCAUUCGCUCUUUUAACUAAAACGGCUCCAAACAUUUUGAAUAGAUUAAUCAAGAUUUCCUUAAAUAAAUUGACUUGUCAAAAUGAUGAAAAACCAAUAAGCAAAGAAGAAUUAUCAUCAUUUACUGGUAAUCGUGUUGUUCCGCAACAAAGUUGGGAUGAUUAUACAACUGUUGAUUGGCUUACAACAAAUUCAAUUAAACGUAAAACUAGUGAUUUAUGGCAACGGACUGUUGUAGCUGUUUAUCUAACUUUUUGUCUUGAAGCUGGUGGUUAUCCAAUUACCAAAGAUGUUGAUGAUAAUAGUCAAUCGAAUUGUACACUACUGCCAUUUAAUUGGGCAUCUACAUGUAUAUUACAUCAUCUUCAAUGUAUCUCAUCAAAUGGUCAUUCAUUAUCAUUGCCUGAAUAUAUUUUUACAGAAAAUACUACAACUGUUCAUAAUAAUAAUAUUAGUGAUAAACAACAAAAAAUACCUGGUAUCGAUUUAAACAAAUUGACAUCAAAUGAAAUAUCUACCUGUUUAUAUCCAGUUCUGUCAUUAAUCAAUCAUUCAUGUGAUCCAAAUAUUACUAAUGUAACAAUUGAUAAAUUUCAAUGUGCGAUUUAUUCGAUCCGACCUAUUGAACAAAAUGAAAUUAUUUAUGGAAAUUAUGGUUUACAUUAUGCAAUACAUUCUCUUAAUGAACGUCAAAGCUCAUUACAAUCUCAGUAUCAUUUUCGUUGUAUAUGUCUUGCAUGUAUAGAGGAUUGGUCACCUUUCAUUACUACUACUACUACUACUGAUAAUAGUAAUAUGACUAAUAGUAGUAAGGAUUUCCAAUUAAAAUGUCUUACGUGUUCUGGUCUAAUUAAUUUUGGUACAUUAUUGGAUAGUGAUAAAAAGUCAUCAUUAAGAAAAGUUCACUAUUGUCAAUGCAGUCAACCGAUUCAAUUAAAGUCAUUGAGUAAAUUUCAAAAACUUUUUUACAAUGAUUUAUACACUAAAUUUGAUACUAUACCACUAACAUUUCAAAAAACUUCACCGAAAAAAAUGACAAAUAAAUUUUUAAAUAAAUUUAUUGUUUAUACUAAACAAAUGUUAGAUACAGAACAUUUAUAUAAUAUACUUCAACGACCUUGUAAUGCUUUAGAUUGGUUACAAGAAAUGCUUAAACAAUUGCUUGAUCUUCAGCAUACUGGUUGGUCAUAUGAAAGUAAAAUAAUUCGAUCAGCAUUUUAAAGGAUGUUCUGAUGUUUAUUUUUUGUUGCGUAAUUGUGUACUUUUCCCUAUCGGAGGAACCGAACUCUAAUAUUGUCCUCUUAUUCGAUGGAUUACAAUGACAUGGGCGCAUCGUCCACCUUUUUAUCUUCCUCUAAAUAGAAUGAUCCCAUUUAACUAUAAAUUUCACAAAUGGACAUCGAGUGAAACUUUUGAACAAUAAAUAGUAUUAUGCCCAACAACACCACCUUGCUUUUCAAUAAUUCUCGUUAGUUUAAGUCUGUGAUGGAAAUUUUCUUUAAAACGAAUGAAUUUUAAAUCAUCCAUCCAGAAACUGAACACUAGUCAAUACUUAUUUACUCCAUGAUCAUUUAUUCCCAUCUUCCUCAUUCUGAUGUUUUCGUUUUACUAUUCUUAGUCAGAACUACGUUAUAUUUCAUUUCUGAACAGUAUGCUGUUUUCUUCGGUUUAUUUGUGGAUAAUUUUGUGACCAUGACUCACCUUAUUGGGGUUUGUCAGUAGGAAACAUUUAAAUGGUGUCUUUAUUUCUUUAUAAACGAACUUCCGAUGCUUUUUUCUAUUUUUAUUUUCUAUAAUUUGCUAUACCGAGGGUUUUUCAAAAUUAACCUCAUGACAAACUGUUUUGUUAUAUGAUAUGGUCAUUUUAAUCACUAUCCCGUUAUCUUUUAGUUUGACCAAGAUCAUAUCACCGGUUAAUUUCAUUCGUAACUUCUUUCUAUUAAUUUAUAAAAAUUUUCUGAAGGUAGCUACUGGCGUAAUAAUAAUGUGCUUUUUUUCUA